UAAAAAGAACUGGAGCCGAUGAGGAUCUUCGAGUCCUCCAGAGCUUCAGAGUUGCUUUUACUCCGGCUUUUGUUCAGUGAACGGACGCAGCUCCACACACCUGCUCACUGCCGCCAUGUCUCGGAUUGGCUUUUGCCUCCUGCUCGCAGGGCUCGCUGGCUUUGCCUCGGCCGGGCCCGACUGUGACAUCAAGAAGCUGGACGCCUGCGCCGCCGACUUGUUCAUCUUCGCCACCUCAGAGAAGAUUCCGACAACUCCACGCGAACUUGAAGCGCACUGCAGCAAACAACACAAAUCGGAGGCCUGCGCCCGCGACUACUUGAAGCGCUGCACGGACAGCAUCGCCCAGGGCGUCGGCAGCAUCUUCCUGGACGACAUCAAGGCCGAGAUCGAGGGGCGCUGCGACGAAUCCUCCAGCUACCACCACGACUAUCUCAAGCACGCUCCGUGCCUAAACAAGGCUGGCUCUGCAUUCCACAAGUGUUUCCGCGGCCUCACCGCUGACCUCGACCUGGCGUCCAAGCUUCCCAACAAGCAGAGGAUUGGGGGAGCUUGCUGCAAGUUCAACGUUUUCGAGCAGUGCGUGCACAAGGCAGUCCAGGGCCAGUGCGACGAAGAGGUGAUCGAGUUCGCCAAGGGAAUCGUCGAAAAGUACGCCGGCGAGCUGCUCGGAACAGUAUGCACUGCCUACCGGUCCGGCGACAAGUGCAAGAACAUCGACUUCGGCUCGGCGCCCGGCGACAAGAACAUCCGCGCCGUCCUGACGCCCCUCAUCAAGGUCUCCGCUGCCCUGGGCUAAAAUCUACGCCGCGCCACGGGAGAAAGGACAUUUGUACAAAUCGCGAUGUAGAAUGAGUGCUGCGGCGCGAAGUUCGGAACGCGUGGUGCGGAUAUUGGUGAUGGGUGUUUGGCGUACUAAACUAAACUAUACAACUAAACAAGUGAUACGUAUUGUGAUGAGGAUUGUGGAAGAAUGCCUUAACGCGAGGUACAAUCUGUAGAUAAGAUUGGCACACGAUGAUGGUGAAGAGUAGAAGAUGGAUCACUGUGGGGAGGAUGGUCAAUAUUUUAUUGGCACGACAGGUGUCGUUCUGAGACUUGAUGCGGCAUUUGACCGACGCGAAGAUGGCCUAGGCGUAAAGGCUUAAAGUUGAAAAGUACGAUGUUUUCCUAUACUAUAGUGCGUCAACUGAUAAGUAGUGAGGAUCAAUUAAGUUUUCUUCAAUCUGUAUUGAACUUUUCUGUUCUUUUUAAAACAUUUAGGUCGCAGACAUCAUUGCAAGACGUUUUUCAAACGUUACCACAACAGUUCAUGGUGAGCAACAUUUCACUAGAGGCUACAUAAGCCUCAGGGAAAUAGGAGCUCAAGCUCUCCGGUGCCUGUAGUCCAUGGCGAGAUCCGUCGCUGCAAGCUCAAAACAAACGGACGUACCUGGAUGUUAGAUUACAGGUGUUCCAAGGAGAAACGAAAGUUGUGUUAGUUAUGUUGUCUCCGACGUUAGGCCCCCACUGUUUAUGUCGCUUAACCAGCGCCCAUUCCGUCCCAAACGUUCCGAGCUUCGUAUUUGACUGUGCAAUAUACGCCUAUGUUGUGUCGCAAAUGUGUGACGCGUGGUUGUGAUCGCCAGUGGGAAGUUACCUGUGCACUCGACACCCAGGUGUGUCCUUUUGUGACUUGUGAUACUUGUACAGAAUAAAACAUAUUCUUUUGUAUUCUU